AUGUCUCAGACCCUGGGCAGGGACGGCGCAGAGGACAUGGAGCUUGGAGCCGAGGCUGAUUCCCUCCCUACCAGCCGAGGCAGCCAUAAGAUCGACUGCAUCAUCUGCUAUUCCUCCUACAAUCUGUCCAGCAGGCUCCCGCGCCGGCUCUACUGUGGCCACACCUUCUGCCAGGCCUGCAUCAAGCGCCUUGAUGCCAUAGCCAAUGGACAGCGGUGGAUCCCCUGCCCGCAAUGCCGCCAGAGCACACCUACACCCCGCGGAGGCGUCACCAUGCUCGACCUGGACCUGGCAGUAUUCCUAGCAGUGAAGUCUGAGAAGGAGCAGCCCCAGGUGGCUGACAGGCCCGAGGCCGACUCAGUCUUCAAAGCAUCCUCCAAAGAGAAGCCAGUCACACAGCAGCCCUUGGGGCUCUGCCAAGAGACAGUGCCCCAGCCACAGUUUCCCCGAAGCAGCUGCUGCGGACAGUGCCUGUGCUGUGGGGCUAUGGCUGACUUUGAGGGCUAA